AUGGCAAGCCGCCUUCGCCCCUCCUCUCCGGGGCUUCUCAUACCUCGACCCUGGUCGCCUCGUUCUUCUCUUCUCUCUUCUUUUCUUUCUGCUCCUUCGUCUUCUCUCUCGUCUUCUUCUUCUCUCUCGUCUUCUUCUUCUCUCUCGUCUUCUUCUUCUCUCUCGUCUUCUUCUUCUCUCGUGUCUUCUCUCUCUGCUUUGUCGUCUUCUUCUCCAUAUCCAGUGCCCAGGCUGUGUCGCACCCAUCCUCGUCGUCCUUCUCUCCCUCCUUCGUCUCCUUCCCCGGAGGCUGCCUGUCGGUUUUCUCCCGUUUCUCCUCAUUCUCUCCGUUCGGCUUUUCUCCGCCAAGCUGUGUGCGGCGACAGGAGUGUGACAACAGUGUCGGCGACCGUCUGCGCAGCGCAUCCUCGUGUCUCGGAUUCUCUUUCCUCCGCAGCUGCCGUGACGUCCUCCCUCGUCUCCAGGUCUUCUCACUGUCUCUCCUCUUCUCAGUCUUUCCUCCUCUCUCCCUCGCAUCCUUCGCUUUCCGGGACUCGGACUGAACAGUGGAGUGCGACGAGAUGCAUGCGCAGCGUUUCUCUUGGAAGCCAUGCUCGCUUCUCUUCUCUGCUUUCUCCCGCCCUCUGCGGUGCUCGAGACAGAAGCCAGGCCGCUUCUCUCCUCCUCACUCGCUGCUUCUCCUCUGGACUCCCAAAUACGAAAAGACGGAUUCGCGACCCGUUUUGGCGUCGCUCCGGUUGGUGGCGGUGGCGGCAGCAGGAAGUGAAGGCGAUGAAUCGGAGCCGCGCGUUUCGCCGGCACCUGUUUCCGCGUUUCACGACGGAGACAGUCUCCUUCGUGGACGCUGCGGAGGCGGAGGCGAAGCGCUUCAAGGAGAUCGUCGCGGAGACCGGGCGCUACCCCGGUCAGACGGUGAAUUUCUUUGUUCCAAAAGUCGAAGGCGCGAAGCUGGAUCCGUUCGCGGCGUUGCCGAGCAGACAGAAGCGACUGAAGCUGAGGCGCAAAGCUGUGCGAGAAGCCGAGGAGGCGGAGAAGGCGAGGGAAGACGCUGACUUUGUCUGGCGAGGCAAGGGAGGCGGGCGCGUCUGGGAGGAACGGAAGGCGAACAUCCCGCUGGGGAAGAAGAAGCUGCUGCUCUACUGCACCAUCAUCAAAGGCUUGCAGAUUACCGACGCCAUCGACUGGCUGUCCUCGCUCUGUCUGCACCGGGUCAACUACUUACUGAAUCUCCUGAACGCGUCGCGGAAGAAGAUCCACGAGCAGGGCGGAGACAUCUCUCGGGUGUACGUGGAGAGCUACAUGCUGAACAUCCAAGGCCAGAUCAAGAGACCGCAGUUCAGGCUGCGCAUGGUGAACUUGAUCAAGACCUGGAAGUUCGCCGUCGUCCUCAGAUUCCGAGAAUAUCCCAUGGACGAAUACUUUCACAAACUGUUCAUCCUCAAACACGUCCCCAGGAGCCUCACCACCGACAUGCGGCUCGCCCUCGCCGGCCAACGCGUCGGGCUGCACGCUGUGCGGGACUGGUACCCUUUCCUCGACAGCAAAACGCGCUUCUUCCACAGAAAGAGACUGAAGUGGCUAGAUCGAACGCGGCAAUUCGACUACUGCCUGGCUCGGCGAGUCUUCAAGAGCAAGUACGAAGAAAAUUGUCGCCGGCGAAAGAUCCAAGUCCUGCAGGCGAGAGGCGCGUCCGACGCCGUCAUCGAAGAAGCAAACCUCUGA